UGGCGGAAACGUGUCGGCCUGCGUUUUCUGCAGCAGCGCUCCAAAACAUUGACUCGUAGGCCCUAUAAUCGUGUUUACUUUCAUGCGUGAGUAUAAAACAGUUGCACUAGGAGUCCCAACACGUUUAUUUCUGCCCUGUUCACUGUUUUUGAGGAGGCUUUGUUAGGGUACUGACAGUUUAUCGCUCCUUUUCUGCCGAACGUAAAGGACAGAAAAGUUUAAAAAAAAGAGGUGGGCUUAUUAGAGAUUUUCUAAAAGUCGCAGAAGAGAAGUGUGCUUAUUUUUUUGAACCUCUAACUUGGCCAAUCCUGAUCAAAAUACAAACUCAUCUAUGUAGAGCAAUAACUGCAGCCUCAUUAAUGGAAACAAUUCCUCCUGUUAAUCUUUAGGUGUGGUUGUGGGUCUCAUUUUUCUGGAAGCAACUGAAUGAGGAAUGCAAGAUGCAAAGUGAUUCGGUGCAGUUUUCUGCCUCUGGACACAUGAAUGAGACAGCUCCACAAGAAAGCCUGGCAAAGUCUUUCCAUUGCACUAAAUGUACCCUAAUCUUCAAAUCCAAGGUGUUCCUUUUUGAGCAUCUCAACAAGGUACAUUGCUUGGACAUAAAUGCUUCCCUCAGAGAUGCUGGCCUAAAAUUUGCUGAGAGUAAAAGGGCCAACACCGAGAACAGCAGAGGUUUAGGAAAGAGUUUUUUGUGCAGGAGCUGUGAUUUUAAGACUUGCAGUCGAGACAUUUUGACAGAGCAUGAGGCACAGUGUCGGAAAACUGAAAGCCCCAACUUACCUGAAACUAUAAUCAUUUCUGACCACCCAGAUACAGAAACACCUGUCACACUAGCAAACCAAACCAAUGAAGCUAUAGAAGCUCCUUCAUCGAAGGAUCUCAAAACAUACAAGAGGCCAUCACAAACCAUCACCAAGUAUUUUACAGCAUCAUCUGGAUCAAAUGGAAACCUCAUGUUAGCCAAUGAUACCAACGAAAGUUUGAUAUUACUGGAUACUUCUCCGGACCCUAGCCUCCACUGGACUGUUGCAAGUAAAGCCACUACAAAGCCUGGGAUCGAUGUAUACCAUCGAGGGACAGAUUGCUUUUUGCAAAGUGACCAUCUUUAUCAUGCCAAGGUUGCAGGAUCCGAUUCUCAGAAAGAACAAACAAAUAUAGCUAUUAACGAGAUUGGCAGGAGGACCAAUCAUGAAAGUUUGAGAGUUCCUAAAACAAAAAUAGCCAAAUUAGAAAAAGAAAAUAAAGACCAACUUACAGAGACUGAAAUUACAAAGAGAAAACCUUCAGGCAGUGCAGAGUUUUCAUUUGAAGUCAGUGAUGAUGAAGAGGAAAAGAAGGUUGAUUUUGGUAAUGGUGACUCAGCACGCCCAAAAGUUUAUUUCUGUAAGCACUGUGACUUCAGCGAUGUGAGCUUCAGGCUGGUGGCCUCUCAUUAUCAGCGCAAUCACCCUUAUGUCAGAUGUACCACUGGCUACAUUCAGCAGGCAGCUGAUCAGAGUGCAACCUUUCGCUGUCUUGAGUGCCCAAGUGAGUUUCUAAGCACUGUUGACCUCAAGUGGCACUACACAGAAGAGCAUCCAGAGGCUCCAGAUGUGUUCAAUAUGAAAAUGAAUGAGCUCAGGCUGGUCUUUAAAUGUUUUACUUGUACAUUCACCUGCAACGAGGUGAAGGCCCUAAGGCACCAUUACAAGGAGAAUCAUCCAACUUGUGAACUGGACAAUUAUUUGUUGUUCUGUCAAUAUUUAGUGAGAAAAUACCAGGAGGAUCCAUCUCAACAGGAAACGUGUGAAAAAACAUCCAGACCAGAAAGAUCAGUGGAGCUUUCCCCCAACAGAACCAGCACACCACGUAAAGACGUGGAAGUUACACCUUCACGCCAGCCUCCUACUUCCACAGGACCAGACGUGACCCUGUAUAAAUGCAGCAAAUGUGAGUUUGAGCACAAGUCAGCUGUUGUCAUGCAUGUUCACUACCAGAAAAAACACCCAGAAAAAACUGUUACAUUGGAUGAAAUCAAACAGUUAGCUCGUGAAACACCACAGGUGACACCUGAAAAAGAAUCUGCACAGAAAGAAAAGGUCGAGGUACCUCCACAAGAGAAUGCCACAGCAUCCGUAGUCAAGCUCGUACCCGAGGCUUCAAGAAGUUCCUCAAACUUUUUGAGAAUUGAGACUGUGAGAUCUCUAGAGGAUGACACCGAAAAAGGGAAGUUGCCUUCUAAACGUUUAAGAAAAACAACAGACAGACUGGAGGAUUUGGAAAUGGAUGAAAAGGUACCAUCACAGAAAGCAAAACACAGCCCUGAGGAGGCUUUGCGAAAUGAUAGCAUAUUAUCCCUACUUGAGCAUGCAUCAGAAGCUAAUGAGAAAACUUCAGAGCCUUCCACACCCAAGCAUGUGAAGUCUGCAAAAAAUGAAAAGAGAACAAAGAUCUCACCUUCUAAACCGAACCGAGAAACAUCAGAGUCUAAAUCAGAUAAAUUCCUAUGUAGUUCACCGCUGGAAAUGCACUACUGUCAGUUUUGCGACUACACAAGUCCCCAAGUUAGAAGUGUUAUUGGUCAUCAUAAUGCAAAACAUGCUGCCAAUACACUCUUAUCAAAGGAAGACAUCAUACAGUAUAGUGCCGAGGUGAUAGAAAAUAAGCUUAAGGGUCAAACCAUUUCAAAAACAGGUGAUCACAGUAAAAAAAGCCACAAAAUUGAAGCUCAUCUUAAAAAGAGCGAUGCCAAAAAAGUUCAAGUCUAUUUGAAUGCAGAUAAAUUAUUUUACUGCCAUCUGUGCAAUUUCGGAAAUCCAUCAGCACAAGGAGUGAUUACCCAUCAAAGCAGAGUCCACAAAUACACCCAAUCCAGUCGGGAGAGUAUUCUUGAAUAUACCGCCUUGAUCCAUGAGAAGAUUAAAACAUCUAAAUCUCAGGGAAAGAACACCACAUCCCCUGCACAUUUACCUCUUCCAAUAAUAAAGGAAGGUGACAAAGAUAUGUUUUUCUGCCACUUUUGUAACUAUAGAAACCAAGAAAUGGCUCUAGUAAUGCACCAUUACUCCAGAGCACACGAAAAAGAUUCUAAUAGCGCUGCUGACAUCCGUUGGUACACGUCAAAGGUCCUCGAACAGCUGCAGAAAUCUCCUCCUGAAUCAUCUGUAAACCAGAAGCUGAUGGAGAAACCUGAGGGCAAAAAAGAAAAGGCAAACAGUUCUUCCAAAACCUUCUCCAGCUCAGCCCCCCUUUCAGUCACAAGCUCCGAAACUCAAAGAAAGCUUCCGUGCAAAUACUGCACAUUCAGUACUCAGUACGUGUUCCUUUUAAUGUCGCAUAUGCGGAAAAUCCACUUUUCAAAACUUUCAGUUGCAGGCGUUCUAAGGCUGUGUUUCCGUAAAGGGGCAUUAGAGUCAGGCUACCACUGCGAGUGGUGUGUUUUCAGUCACAAAAAAGCAGAGGCCGUCCAAAAGCACUACCAGGAAUGGCAUCCAGGGUGCAAGCAUAUGAGCCUUGGGACUAUAAAGGCUCGGUUAUUUGUUGGGUCCAAUAAUGUGCAUUCAAAGGACAAGAAAACUGAACUAAAAUCGAUCCAUCAAGGUCUGACAUACCAAAGUUCAGGAAUGAACAAAAAUAAAGAUGAGAUUUAUCCAUGCACAGCGUGUUCUUUUAAAAGUAACUCAAAGUUUGCUCUUGCACGCCACUGCAACAAGUUUCAUCCUUCGCCUGCAAAAGAUCUCUUAGACCUCCCAAGUGACACAGGGACAAGAGAGAAGAGCCAGUUGGAAGACCUCAGCAAAAUGCCAGGGUUGUUUGAAUCUUUCCAAGUGUCUCUUGAAGAUACAGAUGAGGAAACUUCAUCUUCCACAGUGUUCCAGUGCUCUUCAUGCCCUGCGACGUUUCAUAGCAAGCACGGUCUGAGCGUUCACAGUGGAAUUAAACACCUCAAUGUUAAAAAUGUGAAAGAACCGAAAAAACAACCAGAAAAAAAUCAAGGACGCAUGCAUGUCUUUAAGUGUCCAUAUUGCAGUUAUAUCAAUACCAGUUAUCAGGGGGUCCUCACUCACUGCCAGAUGAGGCACCCUGUCUCCACCUCCAGGGCCGACAGUCUUCAUGUGGAUCCAGCACAUUUGCAGGAUUUGGAUGACUGCAUUAAACGAAACAAUUCUGGUGAGAUUUUAAAAUUUAGCGGGUACAUUUGUAAAACCUGCAAAAAAAUCUGUGCAACGCUGGAUAAACUGAACAGGCACUGUGAACAGGACCACAACGAGACUGCAACUAGCAUGGCCAAACCAGCCAAUAAACCGUUUUUGGGCCUUAAAAUAAAGCUAGCUAAGCCCCACAGAACUCAUAAAGCUGCCUCCAUGCCCUCCAUCCUUACCAAGAAGGUCUCCGUCAGGUUGAAGUGCCAGCAGUGUUCUUAUGUCUGCAGCACAAACAUUGCACUGAGUAAACACAUGCUUAAGCAGCACAGGAAUGCUGCUCUGAAGGACUGCGUAUAUAAAUGCAUGUUGUGUCCACAGAUCUAUUCUUAUAAAAAGCGGCUUGCAAAGCAUUAUGCUAGGAAACAUGGAAAGAGUGCCUAUUUGAAAUACUACGUUUCAGUUUACCGGCCAGUUCACAAGAAUCAAGAAGCGUCAUUCCAGCGGCAGCAGCAACAUAACUCAAAGGACAAACGGUUAAUCUACAGGUGUCCCAGCUGUCCAUAUGUGAAUACCACUUACCAUGGGACUCUCACUCACAGCCAAAUGAAGCACCCAAGCGUUAUUGUUAGAGCAGAUGCGCUGGAAACGGGUGAAAUACUCGUGUCCAACAUUGUCAGGUGCUCGAAAGGAAAAGGUUCCUAUGAAAGAGGGUAUCUUUGUAAAAGAUGUCCACAAAUUCACCCGUCCAUCAAGAAACUAAAAACCCACUAUCAACAUGACCAUGGGGAUGCAGUCGCUUUUGAGCUUUUCCCUAAAUCGGAAGUAGAUAAACAAGAUGAUGGCAACUCUCUGGUCAUGGAUGAAGCAGCCACCUCCUUAAAAACAGCAUCGCAGAACUCUGUCCACCUUCAGAGGGAGCACGGAAAAGCAGCAGUUUCUGACAAUGUCGUUUCUCGAGUCCCUGUAUCAAAAUCAGCCCUCAUUAGAAACACAUUGCUGAGAAAAGACUUGUUUUACAAGUGCCAGCUGUGUGUUUACUCAACGUUCUCACGAAAAAACUUACAAGCUCAUUAUAAAGGUUCUCACAAACUGGAUGCCCUCAGUACCUACAAGAUGUUGGAAAGGUAUAACAAGCGUAAGAACAAUUUCCUCUGUAGAUAUGCCGACUUAAAGAAACCGUUACAUUUCAAGUGUAAGCAGUGUCCAGAGUCAGCAUUUGACUCGUCCCAGUUGCUGAUUGAUCAUUAUAAUACUUUUCACCUCUUGGGUAGCAAAUCUGACUUCACAGUUUUGUCUUUUGGAGUGAAAAAGGAAAGCACGGGGCUCUACAAGUGCAAGUCCUGUAAAGUACACUUAAACGGAAUUAAAAAGCUCUGCAAACACCUGGAUCGCCACAGAGACCAGAUGAAGGCCUCGCAAAAAAGCAAUUCCCUUGACAGUGCAACAACAGAUCCCCAGUCUGAGGUCUCCCAACAAGAUGAACUGUCCACAUAUGAAAGCGUCGAGGAGCUCAGCCAGUGGAUGGGCGCACCGGUAGAGGUUGCAUCUCUCCCUUCCAGCCCCAGACCGUCUCCUUCAAAACUCCCAGAUGUUGAGCCAGAGGCUGAAGCACAGGAGGACAGACACACCUGCAAGCGGUGCCAGAGGACGUUCAUGUCGCUCAAAGGUCUGCGUUCACAUGAGCGAAGCCACGCAGCCCUUGGAGCCAUCAAGAAACUGGACAAUCUGGUAAACACAGCGUUCAAACACAACAUAAGAAAGUACCUCCUCCACAAACCUGAGACUCUGAAGCCUUUCCGGUGUGGCUGCUGUGCUUACCGGACGAAUUUCAUGGCACUUUGGCAAACUCAUUUUCUGAAAAACCACCAAGACGUCAUUGAGAUGGAUAUCGUAGAGACCGACAAUAAAGACGAGGAGAUUUCUCAAAGUGCAGACAAGGAGGUUCCAGAUUCAUCUGAGACAAUUACCAACCUGCCAGAACUCAUUGGAGAACCAGAGGAUGUAGAAGAAUCCACUGAAUCGUACUCGGAGCCCCCAAACGUGCAGCGGCAGCUGACACACUAUAGCUUGAUGGCCCAGAAGGUGGACAAAACUAGCAUGAAUUUGCAUGAACUCAGUUUGUUGGACAGUCUCCUUCAGUGCGAGAUGUGUAACUUCAAUACUGAGCACUUGUCAAGCAUCCGGCGGCACUAUGCAAACCGGCAUGGAAAGAAAAUGCUCAAGUGCAAAGACUGUGACUUUUUCACGGGUUUAAGAAAAAACAUGGAAAUGCACAUAGAGUCGGGCCACUCCACCUGCCAGUCCAAGCCGACCCACCUGAAGGACCUCCGUUGCCCGUUCUGCCUCUACCAGACCAAGAACAAGAACAACAUGAUUGAUCACAUCGUCCUGCAUCGAGAGGAGCGUGUCGUGCCCAUCGAAGUGCGCCGCCCAAAACUAUCUCGUUAUCUACAGGGCAUCGUUUUCCGCUGUCACAAAUGCACUUUCACCAGCGGUAGUGCUGAAAACCUGUGCUUGCACAUGAUGAGGCACGAUGACGUCAAACCUUACAAGUGUCGACUUUGCUACUUCGACUGCACUCGACUCACAGACUUGGAGGCACACCUGAGUGAUAAGCAUCAGGUUUUGAGAAACCAUGAGCUUGUGGGUCAGGUGAGCCUGGAUCAACUAGAAGCAUGGACGGGUACCAGGCCAGAAAAGAAUAAUGACCACAAGUCUGACAAUGAAAAGAUGGAAGCUGAGGAAUUUAAUGCCGACUGUGAUGAUGUUCCACAAACUGACAAAGUCUCAGAAUACCACUCCACAGAGAACAUGAUGCUCCCUAUAAAGGAAGAACAAGGGACUCAGGAGCAGGAGGAACAUGAAACAAUACCUGCCAACAGUUCUGUGGCUGACUUUACGCAGGACCGUACUCAGCAAAACACCACCGUCCUGAAGAGACAUCAGCAGGGCUCACAAACUCAAGAGCAGAAUGUAGAUUUGCAUCACUCUUCAAAAAAACUGCUUGAAAUGAAUACUGAACCAAAUGCUGAUGAAUGCAAUAAUGCAGAUAUCAAAAAUGAUGAUUGCAGUUUUGCUGAGAAAGAGGGACAAACAAGUAAGAACCAAACCAGACUGACAGACGGACAAAAAGAAGUUACAGAGAGGAGUUCGACAUCUUUCAAAAUGGCAGAUGUACAGACUGACAGGCUGCAUUUUAAGGAAGGUCAUCAUAAAGCACAGAGCAUAGAGGCAAUGGUUGACGAUGAUAUAGUCCGGCAUGUCCAGCUGCUGGAUGAAGAUGGGAGCAUGUCCAAAUCACGCAGGAGGCCAGAUCCAGAGAGAACCGUUAAAAUUGGCCAAAACACUGAGGCCAUUGGUGAAGAUAAGGAGAAAAGUGAAAAAUCAUUAUCAACUGAUGUUUGCGGCACAUUUUUUGCCCAGAACCUAACAUUUCAAGACGACGUUAUCGCCAAUCCAGCCACAGCAAAGAUGAAUUCUGCACAGGGGAAUAAUUCAACGUUUCGAGAGGGUUUCAGGUUUGAGCCACAUAUGCUGACACUUUUGCCCAAUUGUACACGACUCAAAUUGGGCCAUAGGGAAAUCUUGGGCAGGUUUUUAGCAAACUGUAAACGGGAACAAAAACAGAAUGCAAAAAUCCCUAAGGAUGAAUCAGAACCAAACAGAGAAAAAGGCGUACUCGAGUGUGUCGAGGAGCAACGGCCCCAUCUGGAACCGUGUGAGGAGAAAGAGGAGGCGGAUCUACUGGAGCUGAAGCUGGACGGAGAAGUUGAUAUCAACAUGAAGGACGAGGACGAGUGCAGGGUUCAGGAUACUCCACAUGCCCCUGAUGAUGCACUCACCACCAUGGAUGGAGCUGCUGAGCUUCAGCGUGAGAAGCUAUUCACUUGUGAGCUGUGUGGACGAAACCUCAUGAACAUCUCUGAACUGAAUCGCCACAUCAUGCGUCAUGGGAUAUAACAAUUUCCUCGGUGUUGAUGCCUGAGGCAGGAUCUGUUAUAUGAUAGAAGUAUUUUACUGUUCACUUUAUUCCUGAACUGUUUCAAUGUUACAAAUAGAUUAUUUACCUUUUUUCUUUUUUUUUUUUAGAUUUUUAAUCCUUUUCUAAUCAAGUAUUUUUUAUACAUCAGCUGUUCAUACAUUAAUGCAGUAAGCAAAUAAAACUUCCAAACACGAUAAUUGUAUGUGACCGGUCUUUAAAAGGUAAACUCCAAAAGGUUUUCUUUUGUUUAAAAACAUGGCUAUCCUUUUUUAUAUUUUAACUGCCGUUUGAGAAAAGGUGUUACCCAGACGCUAUUGCUUUAAAAUGUACACACCAUAACACUGUGAACCUUGCUUAUAUUUAAAACUGACUUUAAAUACUAAAUUGUAGGUAAUGCUACUGCUACGUUCAGGCGCUUUGGAGUAUUUGAAUUUCAUUGAGAACACAUGUAUUUGGUUUUCUGUUUAUUUCAAUAAACUUCUGUUUAGGUUUAAA